CCAUCUGUCUACCUUAGUGUGUAAUUAUUUUGGUAUUUGCCGCAGUUCGAAAUCGAAAUGAAUCGAUUUCGAGACACACACAGUGAAUAGAUGGAGCUUGCCGGGAUUUGGAUUGGGAUCAGCUUGUGGCUUCUGCUCCAUUUCAGCCGUAUCAUGGUCAUCGCUGCCCACGACACAUGCACCGAUUGUUCGCAGUACAAGGGGCAACUGCCGGAGAGAUGCGCGUAUUUGGUGGAGGAGGUACAGGUGUUUGAGCGAAAGUGCGGCGGCACCUAUCCGCUAAUGGCCUUCACCAAAUAUCGGGAUACCUUCGUGAAGACCGGCGAGCCAUUUGCCCUGUAUAUGCCCAGCUCGUUGGAUCUGGUCAUGGUGCUGAUGAAGGAUUCGCCAUUGCAGAACUGUGCGCGUAUUCAAGUGGGCGAUACAACCACGUUCUUUUGCCUGGACGAUAGCAGCAAUGAGACGAUCAAACUGAAGGUGGCCCACAUGUAUUGCUUCCCAUUUCACAUCCAGCUGCCGGAUGAUCUGAUGCACGAGUGCCUCAUUGAGAACAAGAUGACCAAUGGCUAUCUGAACGAUGUCCUCCGCACUCGACGCGGCAUCAUCCACUAUACCUUUGGCGAUAGUCGGGGCCAUCGGCUCAUUUGUGGAUAUUUCUGGCCGAAUCUCCUGCUCCUGCUCCUCCUCCUGCUCAUCCUCUCCUCCUGCUAUCGAUGAUGAGUCGUUAAUUUUUAUGCGAGCUGCCAUAAAGAUUGAUCGGUUAUGCCAAAAGGGGAUCGCUUAUGCAUUAAGUAAAAAUUGCUUAAAACAAAAACGCUAAAGCUGAGUAAAUAUAUAUGUGAAUUGCCAUCUCUUAUCGUUGGCCUUGCUCCUGGCCAUCUCCAUCUCCAUGUCCUUUCAGCCGCCGGCCCUUGUUGUGUAUUUACUUUAUGGCAAAACGAAUGAAACUGUA